AUGGCCGACUCGAAGGCGCUGGAGAGGCGAGGUUAUUCGCUGGGCGACACCCUGGGCGAGGGGUCGUACGGCAAAAUCAAAUCUGCCUACUCCAGCAAAUGGAAGACGCACGUGGCGAUCAAAAUUAUCAACAAAAGAAAAGUCCCGGCGCUCAUCCUGGACAAGUUCCUGCCCAGGGAGCUGGAGAUCGCGGCGUCCCUGAAACAUCGCAACAUUCUGCAGAUCUUUGAGAUCAUAGAGGAGCGUCGCGGCAAGGUCUACGUGGUGACGGAGCUGUGCGAGGGCGGCGACCUCAUGGACCUGAUCAUGUCCCGAGGAGCGCUCGCGGAGGAGCCGUGCCGCAGGCUCUUCAGGCAGCUGUGCCACGCCGUCAGGUACCUGCACGACAGGGACCUGGUGCACCGAGACCUCAAGUGUGAAAACCUUCUUCUGGACAAGGACCACAACCUCAGAGUUGCAGACUUUGGCUUCAGCAGGAGGUUGGCGUACGAGGCCGGGCGCGUCGUGCUCAGCGAAACGUUCUGCGGCUCCGGCGUCUACGCGGCACCCGAGGUUCUGCAGAACGUUCCCUACGACCCCAAAGCCUCUGAUGUUUGGAGCACGGGCGUCGUCCUGUACAUCAUGCUGUUCGCCCUGAUGCCUUACGAUGACUCCAAUCUCAUGAACAUGGUGAGGACGCAGCUGGCGCACUACGUCCCCUUCCCGAGCGAGGCGAGCGUUUCGCCGGAGGUCAGGGAACUCAUGGCGAGCGUCCUGCAUCCCGAGGUGACGCGGCGGCUGAAGGUGGCCGAGGUGCUGCAGCAUCCCUGGCUUCGUCCUGAUUGGUCGGCUCCCUCUGCCGUCACAGGUCGCUGCACACCUGAGAAUUGGGGCGACCGCAGCUGA